UGUACAAAAUGUCAGGGUGAAGGGGUCUAGGGGGGUCAUCAGCAUGCACAAUGUCAGGCUGUUCCUAUUCCAGCUGCUGCGGGGCCUCGCGUUCUGCCACCGGCACAAGGUGCUGCACCGCGACCUCAAGCCCCAGAACCUCCUGCUCAGCCGCCGCGGGGACCUCAAGCUCGCCGACUUCGGCCUGGCCCGAGCCAAGUCCAUCCCAACCAAGACGUACUCGAGCGAGGUGGUGACGCUGUGGUACCGCCCGCCCGACAUCCUGCUGGGCUCCACCGAGUACUCCACCCAGAUCGACAUGUGGGGCGUCGGCUGCAUCUUCUCCGAGAUGGUGACGGGGCGGCCGCUGUUCCCCGGGGCCACUGUGGAGGAGCAGCUGCACUUCAUCUUCCGCCUGCUGGGGACCCCGACGGAGGAGACGUGGCCGGGGAUCGGGGCCAACCCUGAGUUCCGGGCCCACAAGUACCCGCUGUACCCGCCCGAGGGGCUGCGGCACCACGCCCCACGGCUGGACCACGACGGCGCUGACCUGCUGGGGCAGCUGCUGCAGUUCGAGGGGCGACGGCGGCUGCCGGCGGCGGAGGCCAUGGCUCACCCCUUCUUCGGCUGCCUGGGCCCGCGGGUCAGCGCCCUGCCCGACA